AUGAAUGUGAAAACACAAAAUAAUAAACGUUCAUUACUACACGACGCAGUUGACAUAAUUUCAAUAAGCACACAUUCGCUUGAAUCCGAUGAUUUCCAUAAGUGUUUUCAACCCAUAUCAAGACAUGAAAUGGAUUCAAGUGGUAUUUUUUAUAUCUUCUCUUUUUUUAUUAGAUAUUUUAUAUUGCUCCCUAUUAGAUUAUUAUUCCUGGUACUAGCCCUUGUAUUUUAUGCGCUGUUAAUUUCUAAAGCUUUAAUAAAAAAUUGUGAAAAUGAAAUGAAAUUUGCUUACAUUUUUAUCAUUAAAGCUAUAAACUUUAUUGUAGGUGCUAAAAUAACACAUCAUGGUAAAAAGUGUAACUUAAAUCGUCCGCAUAUUUUCGUAUCCAAUCAUACAUCUUUUGUAGAUUUUAUAAUUUUAAGUAAUCAUGGACGGCCACAUGCAUGUGUAUCUGAGAAUCAUGGUGGAUUAUUUUAUCUAUUAUUUAAUCUUAUUCUCGGUAAAAACGGAUCUAUUGCAUUUAAAAGAUCAGAAAAAUUAGACCGGGCAAAAGUUAAAGAAAAGAUGAAGAUACAUCUGGCACAUAAUAAACUUCCUUUAUUGGUCUUUCCUGAGGGUACAUGUGUAAAUAAUAAGUAUUCUGUUAUGUUUCAGAAAGGGGUGUUUGAACUAGAUGUAGAUAUUUGCCCGGUGUCUUUAAAAUAUAAAAGAACACUUAUGGAUCCAUAUUGGAAUAGAAGAAAGCAGGGAUUUGCUUUACAUUUACUAUAUCUGAUGACUAGAUGGUAUAUUGAGGCAGAUGUAUAUUGGCAUUCACCGGCCACAAGAAAAGAGAAUGAAACUCCUUCGGAAUUUGGAGAUAGAGUAAAAGCUUUGAUAUCUGAUAAAGCCGGUUUAAUUAAUACUUUAUGGAAUGGAUAUUUAAAAAGUUCACCAGCAUUGAAAGAAAGAGACUUGCUUAAAGUCGCUUUUAUUAAAACAUAUUGUUUGUUGCGUGAAUGUUAUAUUGAAAAGGAAGAGUAUAAAUUUACUACGUAUAAAAUGUUUUUAUUCGGUAGUAUCCAGUAUGAAGUGUUUUUAUUAGAAAUUUUAAAAAGAUAUCACGAUAUAAAAAGCCUGCAACCUGUGGAACAAAAUACUCUGAUUUCUUCAAUUAAUACAUGUUCUUUAGUUAGAUUAUUUAAUAAAAAGAAAUGUUCCUGUAAAGCACAUAUAACAAAAAAAAGUAAAAACAGAUACAAAUUUAAAAACUGCAGACUUGAGGUGUUUAGAAGGAUGAUGUAA